UGUGUGUGUGUGUGUGUGUAAGGGGGGCGGGGGUUCUUUGUUGGCCUUCAUCUUAGUUCCAGCUUUUCUUGCCCUGCAAACUACUGACUCCCCACCUGAGAUACAGCCUCUAGCUACAGCACAGAUUAGGGUGUACUCAAGAAUCCAGAGGCUGUGGAAAGCAAGUUCCACGUCUCUAAGGAAUACCCAUUGGAGGUUUGGGAUGCCCAAGCUAGCCAGCUACUCAUGCUAUCCUCCCUUCCACAACCCAGCAGCAGACUGCACAGAACCCUGCCAAAUGUCUGCACAUUUAGAUCUCUGAGGCUAUGGUUGACGCAGAUGCAGAAAGGUUGGGUAAACUGUUCAGUUCCACAUGGGCUGCUUGCCCUAGCUGUUCCAGGGCAGCCCUGCGCAACUGCCUAGCUUGCUGGAAUUUUUUUCUGGGUUUUGCGCAGACCUUUCUAGAGACCCUCCCUUAAGCAUGCUGCUUUCCUGGAGUAGAGAGGCUUCAGUUCUGCAGGCUCCCUUCUUUUGAAACCCCGCGCUGUACCCCUGCAGCCGCCCCAAACUUAGACCUAUCUCCUUAACCCAUCUAUGCUGCUCAGGAUGCCUCCUCCCAGUCGUCACUGGUCGGUCUCACAAACCCAGGUCUGUGCCAGGAUCCCCCGGUGACCGUUGGCGGGAGGGGCUGAGGGCUUAGGAAGGGGGGUGCCCCACCUGGAGGUGCGCGUGAGAAAGGUCAGGGAGGGGGCACGAGUGGUCCCCGGGCCGGUUUCCCAGGUAACACGGGGCCUGGCACGAGGUUCCCUUGGGCUGUCCGGGAGGGGCAGGAGGCGUGCUAGGGGCGGGGGCGGCGCGGCAGCAGUGCAGCUUAGGGGAGGGGACCAGAGAAGAAGGGCCGAGCAAACCCGGAGGAGAGAGGAGGGGAGAUCCGCCACCUCCCUUCAUUGCUCACAGACUUGUUCCCUCCCUGUCUGCGGCUGCUGCUGCUGCUGCAGCAGUGGCGGCGGGACGCAGGAGCAGUCCCCAGGCUGGCGGCGGAUGAGACUGGGACAAACUGAGACCGCUGGUAGGAGUGGACGACAGACAGCUGGGUGGCAUGGGAAUGCAGGUGCCAGGCGAACUAGAGGGUGGUGCUGGGUGCGCCAUGCCAUCGGGAGAGGAUCCCCUCCCCCUCAGCCUCUCUGAAAGCAACAAGAGAACCCCUAAAAGAAGGGCUGAGAAGUGACACCCAAGAUGCUAGGUGUCUACAGAAAGGGGCGGGGAGGAGGUUGGGGGUGGGCAUUUGAACCCAAAUGCGCAGCAGGAAAACCCGCACUGCUCAGGUGGUGCCCAGAAAGGAGGGAAGGGUACAAAAGGAACAGAAUGUCUGGGGUUCUCUGUCAGUCUGCCUGUUGGAGUGUCUGUUAUGUACACAGAUUUUGAUGAGCUGAGGCACCUCCGAGGUGGGAUCUGAGAGACUGGGUCUUGUUUGGUAUGUUGGAUGGAUCCAGGAACAGAUCUAGAGGGGCUCUGUCUAGAAAAGGGUUUAUCUAACCAGGGCUCUCCAAGCAGACUUACUUCACCAAGGGUGUCCCACCUCCAAGCAAAGGAAACUCCAAGUUUUCCUCGUCUCCCUAGGGACAGUACAGGCUAGCCUUGGCCGCCUCACCAAGACUGUCUCCUCCUCUUCCAGGGUUUGCCACUGUCACUGCUCUUCCCUCUUUCCCACGGGCCCUCUCCUAUCUCCCUUCUCUAAGAUGGCAGCCAGCAGUUCUGAGGUCUCUGAGAUGAAGGAGCUAGAAGAUAGUUCCAAGACCCAGAGAGAAGGACCUGGCCAUUCUGAAGCUGGCCUAAGUCCUGUCCAGGUUGUAGCAGAGAUUCCAGACCAGCCAGAGGCCCUUCAGCCCGGCCCAGGUAUCACUGAAGCCCCUGUGGACUCAGGGCCUAAGGCUGAGCUGGCCUCAGAAACCACAGAGACCCCAGUUGAGGCCUCAGAAAUAGUCCAGGCCGCAGACCUCAGCUUAAACCCACCCGAAGAAUCCAAGGCCAGCCCCAGCCCCAAAGAGGCAUGCCAAGAGUCAGCAUCCAAACCAGAUGUGAACAAAGAAGCUGCAGCAGAGCAGGGGUCUGAGCAGCAGUCUGCAGCCCCUCCUGAGCCAAUCUCAGAGCCUGCUUUCCACCUAAAUCCCCAGCCAGAUCCUCAGCCAACUUCCCAGUCUGCUCCUAAGCUACCCCUUCAGCCAGAGGCCCCCACCCAAGAGGACCCUACCACUGAGGUCCCGACAGAAAGUAUAGGGGAAAAGCAAGAAAAUGGAGCAGUGGUUCCCCUUCAGGCCGGUGAUGGAGAAGAGGGCCCAGCCCCCCAGCCUCACUCACCACCCUCAACUGAAACACCACCAGCCAAUGGGGCUCCCCCCCGGGUGCUGCAGAAGCUGGUUGAGGAGGACAGAAUAGGAAGGGCUCAUAGUGGGCAUCCAGGAUCUCCUCGAGGUAGCCUGAGCCGUCAUCCCAGCUCCCAGCUGGCAGGACCUGGGGUGGAAGGGGGUGAUGGCACCCAGAAACCUCGGGACUACAUCAUCCUUGCCAUCCUGUCCUGCUUCUGCCCCAUGUGGCCUGUCAACAUUGUGGCCUUCGCUUAUGCCGUCAUGUCCCGGAACAGCCUGCAACAGGGGGACGUGGACGGGGCUCAACGUCUGGGCCGAGUAGCCAAGCUCUUAAGCAUCGUGGCGCUGGUGGGGGGGGUCCUCAUCAUCAUCGCCUCCUGCGUCAUCAACUUGGGCGGUGAGUGGGGGUCGUCGGGGACAGGAAAGGGAGGAGUGGAAGGGUUGACAAGGGCAGCUUUACUAACCCCUUACCCUGCUCUCUCCUGUCUGUUCUCCCUAUUUCUUUGUCUCUUCCUGUCUCUCCCUGUUUGUCUUUCCCUCUCCUCUCCCACAGUGUAUAAGUGAGGGGUUCUGCCCUGCAUUCCAAGACUUUCCUUCCUGUUGGGAGCUGUCUUGGGUCCAUCCCUACCCUGGGGGAAACCCAGUCCAUGGCCCUGGCCCCCAUCCCUAGGGACCAAGGGAGCCUGAGCAGCCUUGUUUACAGCUCUUUCCUGCUCCUGCAUCCUGCCAGGCUCCACUGCCAGCCACAGGGUUCCUUUCUCCCUGCACUUUUGCCUGCGGAUCUCCCUUCUUGCCUCUUGAUCCCCCCUAACCCUGCACUCGGAAAAACCUCUCUGCACUUCUGGAAGCCUUCCUGAACAUCUAAAUUGUACUCUGCACCUCUGCAUCUCUCCCAGCCCACUGCACUUCUUCCUGCCUCUGGACUCCUCUGAACCUGAAUUAACCCCCACCUCCUAACUGUCAUUGUCUUGGCAUCUAACUCAUUCUUUUCUUCCUUCCUUAACACCUUGCUCCCCUUGCCACAUCCCUGACUCCUCUGCCUUCUCAUCUCCCUGCUACCAUCUUCACCUUCCUGCACCACUUAUUCUGUAAAAAGCUGCAGUACUUAGGUCAGGCUGAGGGAGGAGGACAGUGUGAGGAGAGGACUGCCUAGCUAGGGGCUCUGACUGUUCUCUACUGGGGACCAUCUGGGCCCAGGCCAUACCCUGACCCCAAUCCCUAAGGUGCCUACCGGGUUGCAGAAUUGGCAAGCCAGGCCUCACCUGGGGGAAGGUGAGAGUGGGAGUCCUCAUUCUAAACAUCCAGGGGAGGAAGGAGUGCCGCAGCCUGAGUUGACCUGCCCAUUCGGGCUUUUAACCUCAGAGUUUCUUGUUUGAAGGUCUGGGGGUUUGGGGCCAUUCACUUGCUUUGUAAACAAUAGAAUUAAAAAAAAAAAAAAAAGAAAGAAAGAAAAAAAAGGACCAAAGUUC